AUGACACAAUCUAUGAAUCUUCGUCUCUUCUUUUUUAUUUUCACUCUGACAGUCAUACCAAUUACAAGAUCAUCUUCAUCAGAUGACUAUCAACCUUACAUUGUUCUUAUGGACAAAUCAAUGAUGCCAUCACCCUUCUCUAAUCACCACAAUUGGUACACGUCUUUACUUUCAUCAUUAACAGAUGAAGAACCUGCAAAGCAUCUCUACACAUAUAACCAUGUGAUGGACGGUUUCAGUGCAGUGCUCACAAAAUCGCAACUCGAGCGGCUUGAAAAGAUGUCAGGCCAUCUUGCAACAUUUGAGGAUCAACUUGGACAACUUCACACGACGCAUACGCCUAAAUUUUUGGGAUUAAAGAAACAUGCUGGGUUGUGGCCAAUUUCAGGUUUCGGUGAAGAUAUGAUUAUUGGCAUACUAGACACCGGAAUUUGGCCAGAAAGUGAGAGUUUUCAUGACAAAGGAAUGUCGGAAAUACCUUCUCGUUGGCGUGGAGCUUGUGAAGCCGAAAAUUUCUGUAAUAAAAAGCUUAUAGGUGCGCGUUCGUUUAGCCAGGGGAUGAAGCAUUUAAAGGAAAACAUUUCAACAACAGAUGACUACGAUUCGCCUAGAGAUUUCGAAGGACAUGGAACACAUACAUCUUCAACAGCAGCUGGUAAUCGAGUACAGUCUGCUGAUUAUUUUGGUUAUGCCAAAGGAACAGCUACUGGAAUAGCACCAAAAGCGCGGUUAGCCAUGUACAAAGUGUUGUUCUUGGACAACUCAUAUGAUGCUGCAGCAAGUGACACACUAGCUGGAAUGGAUCAAGCAAUAGAAGAUGGUGUAGAUCUAAUGUCAUUGUCGUUAGGGUUCGACGAGACACGGUUUUACCAAAACCCUAUCGCGAUUGGAGCGUUUGCAGCUAUGGAAAAGGGGAUUUUUGUAUCUUGUUCAGCUGGUAAUGCUGGCCCUCAUCCGUACACUAUGCUAAAUGGAGCUCCAUGGAUCACCACAGUUGGUGCUGGAACAAUAGACCGAGAUUUUGUGGCUUAUGUUACACCAGGUGAUCAGAAGUAUGGAAUCCUAAUUGGGAAAUCUAUUUUCCCCCAAAAUCUAUUGGUAGAGAGGGUUCCUAUCUACUAUGGAUAUGGAAACAAAAGCAAAGAAGCUUGUGAUGAUGGUUCUCUUGAUCCCAAAGAUGUUCAAGGCAAGUACAUUUUCUGUGAUGGAAUGUCACAAACUGAAUUGGAAACUAGUGGAGCUGCUGGAGCUAUCUUCAUUUCAGAGUCUGACGACAGUAAAUUUCUCCAGCCGAUAGACUUCAAUCUGCCGUAUGUUGUGCUCGAACCGAAGGUUGGUCAUCGGUUAAAAAAUUACAUAAUCAACACCAAAAAUGCAAGUAUUAGCGUUAAGUAUGGUGAAACUUUAUUAGAUGUUAAGCCAGCUCCACAAGUAGCUGACUUCUCCUCAAGAGGACCCGCCACGCGAUCUCCAUGGAUCUUAAAACCAGAUCUCUUGGCUCCGGGAGUCAAUAUCCUCGCCGCAUGGGCACCAAAUAGAGCAAGCGCACCAAUUGGAGAUGAUUAUUUGCUCAGUGAUUACAAACUCGUAUCCGGCACAUCCAUGGCUUCUCCACAUGUCGUAGGCAUCGCUUCUUUACUGAAAUCUACCCAUCGUGACUGGAGCCCGGCUGCAAUUCGAUCUGCGAUGAUGACAACAGCUGAUAUUCUUGACAAUAACAGAAGCAUAAUCAUGGACAUGACCUUCGGCGAACCAGGUACCCCUCUGGAUUACGGUGCGGGCCACGUUAACCCAAACAAAGCCAUGGACCCUGGGCUAAUUUAUGACAUCAAACCACAAGACUACAUCAACUAUCUCUGUGCAAUAAACUACACAAGACACCAAAUCCAAAUUAUUUCAAAGCAAUCCGAGAUUGAUUGUUCAAAUGCUACUCUUGAUCUUAACUACCCUUCGUUUAUGCUGGUCUUAAACAACACAAACACCACUCGUUCCACCUUUCAAAGAGUGUUAACAAAUGUCGGGACAUCAAGUUCUUCAUAUCGAGCAGUGGUCGAUACUCCUCCCACAGGUAUGAACAUUGUUGUCAAGCCUUCAGUGAUCUCUUUUGAAGGGAAAUACAGUACAGCUAAGUUUGAGGUGAUUGUUGAUGUUGACAUAACUGAUGCUCCUCCGGCCGUUUAUGGGUAUUUUGGUAACUGUGGAUAUCUAAGCUGGUUCGAGGUAAAUGGAACUCAUGUUGUUAGAAGUCCGAUCGUAUCUGCAAUCGCAUCUGCCAGACCACCCUAAGGUGCAUAAAUGGUUUAACAAAAGGUGCAGCCUCCUGCUGCUUUUGAUGCUUAAAUAAGGAAUGAUCACUUCGAGAUGUCCAAUUCAAGUAUCAUGGAAUUUUAAAUAAAUUGACUUUAUAUAUUGAAAAUUGAAAAGGAACGAUUCACCUUUCAUGGGUUUCUAAUUUCUAAGCUACAGAAGUUUUUUAGGCAUUAAAAAAGCACAGCAAGUUAAAGAAAACAGAAAAGAGCAAAGAAAAUAGACCAAUGAGUACUAUCAAUUGGUUUGGGUGGAGAAAACCUCAUGACUUUUUAAUGUGGAGGUUAUCGGUUAGA